AUGGAAUAUCCAUCAAAACUUCGUUUCGCCGUCAGCUGCUCAAGUAAUAUGAAUCGGUCCAUGGAGGCACAUCUGAUUUUGAAAAAACGUGGAUUCAACAUAGAGUCUUAUGGCUCAGGAACCCAAGUGAAAAUGCCUGGCCCAACAAUCGAUAAGCCCAAUUGUUACGAGUUCGGACCGACCACCUAUGAUGAUAUUUUUGCCGAUUUAACCAACAAAGAUAAGGAUUUAUACAGACAAAAUGGACUUCUGUUCAUGGUGGACCGAAAUCGUCGAAUCAAAACUCGCCCACAACGUUUUCAAGCCGAAACUCGCGAGUUUGACGUUAUUUUAUGUUUAGAAGAACGUGUAUUCGAUCAGGUUAUUGACUUCUUGAACCGUAGAGUUGGAACAUCGGGAAAUCCAGUACAUGUCAUCAACAUUGACAUUGAAGAUAAUGCUGAAGAAGCAACAUUCGGUGCAUUCUUCGUUGCCGAGCUGUGCACCAAGUUGGAGAAAAGUCAUGAUUUCGAAGAAGAAAUUGAUCAAAUCAUCACAGACUUAGAAGAGGCGCAACCGAAAAGAAAUCUUCUACACACAAUUUGUUUUUAUUAA